GGUAAUGCUUUUUACCCUGUUUACUCUGUUUUAAAAUCACUCUUACAGAGUAAUGUUUGCCUCUGAAAAGAAAGAUGUAAAAUAUGUGAACUGUGUGAGCUCACACAGAAUCAGCCUCUGUCCAGAUUGAGCUGAGGAGGCUAAUGUUAGCUCUUAGCUCUGUGUUUUUGGGAGGUAAUGUUUUUUCUGUAUGGGUUAAAGAGCAUCAGAGGUGGGAGAGAAUGGCCUCUGAGUCCCCUCCAGCUCCUAGUGUCCACUUUCCUACAGUAUUAACUGGCUUCCACAACCACCUCAAGAAAUCACCAAGCCACCAAGAAGAAGGCAUCACAAUGUUGAAGCCAGAAGAGAUUAAAUGUGAGGAUGUGGUGUCUGAAAUCUCCAGUACUCAAACAUCUUCUGCUACACUCUGCACCAACCCAUCACCCAGCAUCACACAUGAUGAGGAGAAAAUGGCCUCCUGUUCUGAGACCUCUCCGGCUCCUACUGUCCACUUACCUGCAGUUCUAAUUUACUUCAACAACCACAUCAAAAAACCACCAAACUACCAAGAAGAACACACCACAGUGUUGAAGCCAGAACAGAUUAAAAGUGAGGAUGUGGUGUCUGAAAUCUCCAGUACAUCUAGUACACUCGGCACCAACCCAGUAUCCAGAGGAACUCAUGAUGAGGAACAAAUGGGCUCAUCUUCUCCUGCUCCUAGUGUCCAGAUUCCAGCAGUUCUAAUUUACUUCCAAAACCACAGCAACAAACCACCAAGCCAUCAAGAAGAGUGCAAGACAGUUAUAAAGCCAGAAGAGAUUAAAAGUGAGGAUGUGGUGUCUGAAAUCUCCAGUACUCAAAUAUCAUCUGCUACACCUUGCAUCAACCCAUCACCCAGACAAACACAAAAAAAUACAGACAAAGGAUUAAUUCACCAGUGCUCAGAGUGUGAAAGGAGUUUUACUACACCAAGUCAUCUCCAAAUGCACCAGCGCAUUCACACAGAAGAGAAACCGUAUCAGUGCUUAUGGUGUGAGAAGAGGUUUACUAAACCAAACAAUCUACAACAACACCAGCGCAUUCACACUGGAGAGAAACCAUUUCAGUGCUUAGACUGCGGACAGAAUUUUAGUAGACAGAGUCACCUAAAAAGACACCAGCACAUUCACACAGGAGAGAAACCCUCACACUGCUCAGAGUGUGGACAGAGUUUUACUUGUCAUAGUGAUCUCCGAAGACAUCAGCGCAUUCAUGCAAGAAAGAGACCAUACCCCUGCUCAGAAUGUGGACACAGUUUUACCAGACAGAAUGAUCUCUACAGACACCAGCGCUUUCACACAGAAAAAAAACAUAUCACUGCUUAGUGUGGACAGAGUUUUAGAGAGAGUGGAACCCUCAAGGUACAUGUCAGAAAAAAUGUAUGACUGUUUAGAGCAGUGGUCUCCAACCCUGGUCCUGGAGAGCUACGUUUCUGCAGUCUGCUUUAGACUUUAAUGAUUGGCUGCAUCAGAUAGAUGAGUGUUAGGUAUGGGAAGGAAACUAUACUCUGCUGGAAAUAGUGCUCCAGGACUGGGGUUGGAGGCCAGCGUCCGAAGAGCUUUAGAAAUGGAGGUAUUCUCAAAACACACCAGCGCGUUCACACAGGAGAGAAACCGCAUCGGUGCAUGGAGUGUGAUGAGAAUUUCAGUGAGCUGAAUCAUUUUGAAAGAUGUCUUUGCAUUCAUGCAGAAGAAAAAUCACAACACUAUGUAUGCUGUGGGAGGAACUUCAGGCAUUUAAAUUUAAAUAUGCACAAAUGCUUUAAAAGAAUACAAUGUAGUAUAAAAUUUAAAUUUAAGAAAACAAUGAAGACUUUUUUCCAUUUUUAUAUUAUACAGCAUGCAACUUAACAACUUAAAAUGGCCAUUAGGUAAAAAUUAUUCAGUUUGCAGUGGUAGAGAGAAAAAAAUAUUUACAGAAAACUACACAAAAGUAGUUUUUCAGUAUUUACUGUGUCCAUUUUUACUUUUAUUACAGCUUCCGUUCUUUUCAGGAGGCUCAUUUUUAGUUUCUCAAAGAAAUCAGGAGAUAUAUUUUUCCACACCUCCCAAAUUCAAUCUGUGAGCUUGGUAGCAUUUUCUGCUUCUCAAUCCAAAUAAUCCCAAACAUAUUAAUUGAUUUUAAGGUCUGGAGCAAGAGUGGAGCUUGACUUUUCUUCUGUCUCUCUCAUUAAUUCUUUAAGAAGUACUAUUUAUCCAAUGAUGAUGGUGUCGGAGAAAGAAAUAGGAGACACUUCAUUCAAUCAGAAGCAUGCAUUUACUGGAAGUCCCGUCCCUCCGACCAGUUUGAACCAUGGAUGUUCUGCCCCUGGAUAUCACACCUUCCUACCACUCAAAUGUUUUUUUUCUGGAAACCCUGCUCUUUCUUUCAUUAGCCAUUUUUUUGGAAAGCACAAACCUUCAGCCGUUUUUAACCAGUCAUUUUGAACAGAUAAUAACUUACUCAACCACAUCCUCAACUGUUUUUUAUUUAUAUAUUUUUUCAUCUCUGUAAAACCCUGCCCCAUAACACUUUUUGUUAGUCAUUUUGAGUUGCUACUACACCAGCCUCGAAAUAAAAUUUCUUGCCAAAUUUUAAAGGAUGCUGACCAAUCAGGUUGUUGUAUUCAGCCCUAUAGUAUGAUUAAACUCUGCCCAUUGAUCCAUGAUUCUUUGUGCAAAAGUAUUUGUGUUAUUGUUUCAAGAGGAUCUAAGAAGCUAAAGCGAACAUCCUGGAUGCACUAAAUAAGCCAGUGACAUGUCUAGGACAACUUUGCGACUCAUUGAGUCAGACAAGUAUGUGUGGUGACUAUCGAACAGGAGCUACAAUAGGAACCUUUUUGAGGAAGAAAAAGACAUCAAAACCAUCUUCAGCAGCCAGCCAGUGUUGGAGGGAUAUCAUAGACAAAUUCAUCCUGCAUCAGAAUGAUUAGUGCAGUUUCAAGAAAUACUGCGCUGAAUUAUACUAUUAUAUGAACUACAGAUGCAUAGAAUGUGAACCUAAUUACAAGAUCUUCAUAGUACCAAUGGAAACCUUUAGGUCAUCAGAUUUUUUUUGUUGGAUUUUUUUUAGAUGAAUAACAAUGUAAAUCUAUUUCACAUAAUUAGAUUUCUGAGUUUGUAACAAUAAAACCUGUCAAAUGAGUCAAGGGUAUUACGAUAAUACAGAACAACUGGUUCAGGAAAUGG